AUGUAUUCACAGAAGUAUCGUAUUCGAAUGGCUCAAUCACAAGGUUAUAAACGAUUUCGUUCUUCAAUCAAUACUAUUUAUCAUGGUACAAGUACACCACAAACUUCGAAUAGCAAUAAAAUCUUUCCUCGUGCUUCAACACCAAACUCACAUCGUAAAGAUGAACAUGUCGAACAAACAAUUCCUGUUGUUCGUACUCCACAUUCGAAAGUAACGGUUCAUGAUAAAGUCCAGAAAAAGCCACGUCAAUCUCGUCAUUCUCAUCGUCGCUAUCAAAUCUAUGUUGAUCAUAUCGUUUUCAUUCAACAGCAACAAAAAUCCUGUUCACAUUGUCAUUGUAAGAAAAGAAAAUCUCAACACAUAUUAGGCGUUCUCUAA